AUGCUGCUGGCGCCGCUGUCCCUGGAGCGGUUGAUCUGUCGGUGCGUUGCGCUCGGUGGCGGGAAGGACGAAGGAGAUGCAGUCGCACAGCUUCCGCAAGCAGGCCACGUCGAUGAUUGUGCUGGCCGAGAAGGUGUUCCCGAGCAUGUUCAGCUCCGUGAUGAAGCUGCGACACCGGCGGCUGUGGACGGUGUACAGGUGUGA